GGUCAAUAACAAAGGGAGUAAAGUCCACGAGAGGAGACGACGGUGGAAGGAUAACCGCAUAGGCUGCAUUUCUUCAUGACGGGCUGCUUCUCCAUUUGUUUUAUCCCGAGUCUGAAGUAGAUGUGGCUACAGAAGCGUUUUUGUUUUUUAAAAGCUGCUUGUACCGAACUGCAUCAGAGAAAUGACCAGUGAACCACCGAGUCGAGGCUCAAGUGAGGUGUAUACAUACACAGAAGGGAACGGUUACCAUGGCGAGCAGCAGUCACUGAGGUUACGAAGGGCUUCAUCCCGAGUGUCAAAUCAGAAUCUUCCCCAGUUCGACUGGAUGUCGACCUCCGCAGAGAGGGAUGACGAGGACGACGGUGGUCAGCCCCGGGACCUCAGGGGCAUCCCUCUACCAAUGGCUCUGAAAAGAGCUGUGAGGCAGGUGCAGCAGAUGCAGGUGCCCGUGGUUUCCAGCGUGGAGUCUUGGAAACGGAAGAGGACCAAAUCUAUGCGUAAACUCAAACAUAACACAAGAGAAUUUCUCCACCUCUUUGGACUUUGGAGCAAGUCUUUGCAAAAGAUUGGAGGGAACUUUGGAGGUGGUGUCCACUCUUACUUUCUGUUCCUGCGAUUCUUGGUGGUGCUCAACUUUGUCUCCUUCUUACUGAUAGCUGGGUUUGUCGUCAUCCCCAGCAUUGUCUUCAGAUCUGUUGGGUCCAGCCUUGCUAACAGCACCGGUCCAGAGAAAUGUUCGGAUUAUGACCCUAAUCCUCAAGCCUUGGUGAUGUUCUAUGAAUAUUUCCUCAAUCUACUUUCGGGAACGGGUUUUAUGGAGUAUUCAUAUCUGUUUUAUGGCUACUACAAUAACACAAUGGUGGAGGACAAGAACUUCUCCUACAGCAUCCCCCUGGCCUACAUCCUGACUGCUGUUUUCUACUUCGCCUUCUGUUUCAUUUGUAUCAUAGCACGUAUGGGGACUGCCGCUCGAGUUGUUGUGGCAACGGGAGGCAGCGCUGUGGGCAACUACACCAUGAUAGUGUUCACCGGCUGGGACUACAGUUGCCUAGGAGACCAAGCCACCAAACUGAAGCAGAAAAACAUCCACUACCGGCUGCAGGUGGAUCUGGAGGAGGAGAGCAUAAAGAAACGAGCAGCUUCUCUGACUUUGUGUCAAAAAAUUGUUUUAUACUCUCUACGUGUUUUUAUGUGUUUUGUAGCCUUUGGGCUCAUUAUAGCGGCCUUCUACGGCAUCUUUCUGGCCACCAACUUCAGCCAGCAAAAGAGCGGGGAGCAAGGGAUCCUCAGUUUGAUUUUUGAGUAUCUUCCCUCCAUCGUCAUCACCACUGGAAACUUCCUGGUGCCUCUGCUGUGUGACCAGAUUGCCUUGAUAGAGAGAUACUCCCCCAGCACUACCAUCAUAGUGGCACUAUUAAGGGCUGUGUUCCUGCGUCUGGUGAGCCUGGGAGUUCUCCUCUUCACCCUGUGGCGUCAGAUCACUUGCGAGGGCGACACAAAUAGUGCAGAUUGUAAACUGUGCCAGUACAACUAUGGAGUCUACCCAUGCUGGGAAACACGUUUAGGACAGGAGAUGUACAAGCUGACACUGUUUGACCUCCUCAUCACCAUCGCUGUGCUCAUCCUGGUGGAGUUCCCCCGCAGGAUGGUGGUGGACAACUGGUCCAGCAGGCUGGCUCAGUGGGUGGGUCGGCAGGAGUUUGUGGUUCCUUCCAACGUGCUUGGUCUAGUUUAUGGUCAGACUGUGGUUUGGACAGGGGCUCUUUUUUGCCCUCUGCUGCCACUCAUCAAUACCAUCAAGUUCAUCAUCCUCUUCUACUGCAAGAAGAUCACGCUCUUCUACAAUUGUCGACCAGCACUCAAGACGUUUCGCUCCACCUCCUCCGCCUUCUUUUUCCUCGUGGUUCUCCUGUUCGGCUGGGGCCUGGCUACAAUUGUCUUGAUUUACAGCCUGGCUGAGAUCCAUCCAUCUUUUGGUUGUGGCCCUUUCCGUUUCUUCCCCAACAUGUGGUCAAUUGUUCCAACAUCUUUCUACAGCCUCUCUGACACUACACAGGAGUUUCUUUUCUUCAUCGGCUCCCAGUCAUUCUCCAUCCCUCUGUUUGCAUUAUCCUGUGUGGUGAUGUGUUAUUUCAUAGCCGUAGCCUCUGUCUACGGGAAAAGUGUUGCUUUCCUUAGAGCGCAGCUGAAACUGGAGGGCCGUGACAAGCAGUUCUUGGUCAAGCAGAUUGAGGAGCUGAGUCGACAGCUUCAGAUACCCAAACAUAAUGCAGGAGUACAAGACUGAACACAUGGAAUAUGUUUUGGUUUCUUCAACCUUCUUUAAUUAUUGUAAAGUUUUCAUUCCACUCAAAAACUGUGUUUUGGUCAUGGUUACUUGUCUUCUUUCUUUGACCAUCUCGAUGCAGAACGAUGUUUGUUCAAAGUUUAACGCCUAAAGAGUGUUUCCAAAUCAUUCUGCUGAAAGUGGAAUGUCUCUCUGUGCUCACCAUACCACUGAGUUCAAAGUGUUUACUGGCAUCUCUUCUAGUUUGGUACCAAUCCUGGUCCAAUGGGCAACUUGCCUGUGAAGGAUGUGAGGGAUGUGAAGACACAUGUUGCUAGCUUAGUUUUAGUAGACAAGGAUGCAAAAAAGUGUAUUGAUAUAAAGAUAUUAUGUUAAUAAAUCACAACCCAGACCUCUGUGUGGGGACGUUUUGAAAAAGUGAAAUGAAAAGGUCCCUUUUUUAUUUACCCAUGUUAGUGUUUAAUGGUUUUAAUUUCAAUGAAGAGUUCCUUUAUUAUAAAGUGUCACCACUUGUGUCUGUCCAUGAAAAUAAAUAUGUUUUUCUUCCUUCUAUCUACAUAAUAAAAUGAGAGGACUUAUAGCGACCUCUAGUGUCAA